AUGGACACUGAGAGGUCCUCUCUCCUCCCCUGGGACACAGUCAGCCAGAAGAGGGACAUUCAGCUGCGGGUGUCCCCGUCGGAGCUGAAGUUCCUAAACACGGUGGCUGGGAGAGUGUACCGCCUCCCACUUACUGUACAUAAUCUCGGCCGUUGGAACCGGAAGAUACGGUUUCAGGAGCCAAUUAAGCCACAGUUCAAACUGAUAUUGACCAAUCUGGAUAAGGCACUUGCUUCUGGUCUUCAGAUGACAGCCAUGGUGGAAUAUCAUCCUGAUAAAGAUGAAGACAUAUUUGACCACCUACUUAUUUCAAUAGGAAGUAAAAUAAUAGAAAUUCCUCUAAUAGGGCUGAUUCCAUCCUGUGAAUUGGAAAUUGCAUCAUUAGUUGAUUUUGGCACAUUAGUUGCCAAUAGUAAAGUGUAUUGUAAAGAGACCAGAAUUAUUAACCAUGGCAAAGCUCCAGGUAAAUACUUUGUCAGACUACCAGGGCCACUACCCAUUCUCAUUUCUCCAGCUAGUGGUAUUGUGGAGGCUAAGUCAUCAGUGAUUGUCAAAGUUGAUUUCUGUGCAGACCAGCCCAGAGUUGUAAAUGAAGUGGCAAAAGUCAGUUUGCAAGGACGUCCUGGGUAUACUCUUAGUAUCAAAGCUCAUGUAGUUGAACAGAUUAUUGAAUUGUUUGACAUGAACAAUGAUAAAAAGUUGGAAUGCAUUCACUUUGGUUCUGUUUUCUUUGGAACAUCAAUUGAACAUGCACAUCUAUAUAAUAAUAGCCCGGAAUCCAUAAAUUGGGUGGCAAUAAUUCAAGAUGAUUCUGUUGGAGAAGAAGUGGGUACAAAUAUUCAACAAAGUACAGAUGUUGCUUUAAAUAAUCUCACCUACUUAAACAAAAUAAAAAAAAUAGAUAUUACCAAUUUUAUCUCCUGUGUCCCCAAUGAAGGGACUUUACUACCUUAUCAAAAGAUUAUAAUUAUUUGUUUCAGCCCAAAACUAGUAAUUGAUGGUAAAAAGGAUGUUGACCCUUCACACAGGCAAGACUAUGCUGUCUUGAGAUUUGAAUCUGUAGGAAGUAAAGAUGGAUUUUUGAGAGAUGAUGACAAUAAAACCAUCACAAGUGAUCAAUUUCAGAAAGUGGAAUUAGCACUGACAGGCUCAGGACUUCCUGUCUUAUUACAUUUUGAUCCAGGAAAAGUCCUUAAUUUUACACCUUGUUUCAUGGGUGAACGUGCAGACAUUCUGUGUGUUGUACAAAAUCGAUCUAAAUCCCUUCCUGUGACAUACCGUUUUCAAAAAACUGCACAUUUUAAAAUUGAUCCUGAAAAGGGCAAGAUAGAUGAAGGAUGUAUCCAGAAUGUGAUGUGCUCAUUUAUUCCACAUCAAAUUGGAAACUUCAAAGUGAAGCAGGUGAUAGAUAUUAUUGGCCCAGUGGCAGAUGAAAAUUUGCAGUCUUCAUCAAUGAAACCGUUUUUUCACCUAUAUUUAGAUUUCAAUAGCGUCUGCAAACCUUUCACUAAGAAAGUUGUGAUGAAAAUUAAUCCUGGUAUAUCCCCUUUGGUCACUAAUCCCACGGGACAGUUUGUGAUCAAAGAUUUGGCAAAAUACAAGGACCAUGCACCUGUAGCAAUGCUUCAGUCAGCCAAGACACACAUUCAUGAUCAUCGCACAAAUGACGAGUCAAUGAAGGAUGCACUAAUUGCUUUUCCCAAUGACCGAGCUGCAAGUAACAGGUCUGAAGACCAAAAUAAACAUUUCAGGACAAUUUUCACAAAGAUUCCAAGACAUACUUAUGUGGAUCCUGAUUUUGCAUAUACUGACUUUGAAAAACUCGGAAAGAAAGUGCAUCAAAACUACUACAACAUUAUAUUAAAUAUUUAAGAGGUGUGCGCCUACAGAAAACAGAGAGGUAAAGAAACGCAUGCAUCAUAUGACUCUCAAGACAUAGGCAUACAGCCAGCAUCAGGUCUAAAGUCACCAUCACUCUCAGAAAUGGAAAUAGAAGAGGCCCUGUCUUCAGCUGAGCAUCUGAUCAAAGCUAAUCAAUUGUUAAGUACCAAGAUGGCAUCCAAGGAGAUAGAAUCCCUGGAAAGGAAGGUUCUCAAUGGACUUAAGUCAGUCCCAUCCACUCUCCAUGAAAAACAUGAUUGCAGCUUAAUAUUGACACCAAAGCAAAUUCAUCAAGUAAUUGUUGGGCCCUCUGUCCUUAACUUUGGUAACAUUUCUGUGAACUCUACAAAUACUCAUCUACUACAUGUCGUUAAUAUGCUACCUAUGAAUAUUUUGAUCAAGUUAGACACUAAUUUGGAAGAACUUCAGAAAACCAAACAAUUUUCAUAUGUGAUUCCACCUACAUCUAGUACUUAUAUUUCAGUGAUAUUUGAAUCUCCUACAAUUGGAAAAUUUUGGAAAUCUUUUACCUUUACAGUGAACAACACACCUGGAGGGCACAUCUUAGUGAUGGCAAAUAUCAUUCGUAAACUUGAACUAUCGCUUAAAGAACUAGUAUUGAGACCACAAGGCUUCUUGGUGAAAACAUGUUUUCGGGGAACGGUUAGCUUGUAUAAUCGUCAGAAUUGUUCUGCCCAAUUUGAAUGGCAACCAGUAAACACAAUAAAAGGGAUGGCAUUUUCCAUUCGUCCAGCUAAAGGCACUGUUGAAGCAUACUCAUCACUGGAAUGUGAAGUAAUGUGGCAGCCAAGUUUCAGUUCUCGAAAGGGGGAUUUUAUUCUUCAUGUCUCUGAAGGAAACACGAUGACACUAAAAUGUGUUGCAUAUGUUGGUCACACCAAGGUCACAUCUUUGGAGCCAAGAAUACUGUUCAGUAAUAGUCCUCAAGGCUUAACAACUUGGAGGAAAGCCAUAUUACACAAUGUAGGAAAAAACCAUGCUUAUUUCAAGAUUUGUGACCAGAGUCUUUUGCCUCCCAUUAAUAUUAUUCCAUCACAAGGAAUAAUUCCAUUUGGAGGAAUAACUGUUCUUGAUAUCUCCUAUACACCCACUGAGGCAGAAAAAUUUGAUACAAGAGUAAAGGUUGCUAUUCACCAUGCAAAUAUGCUAGACCUUAGGAUUGGUGGAUCUGUUGAGAUUGCUAAUAUUGAAAUAAAGCCGAAUGUAUUUAAUUUCAGUGGCACCUAUGUUGGUGCUACCCAAAUUAUUCCCUUUGUAAUAAAAAACAAAAGUAUAACACGUGCCACAGUGGACUUUGAUCUAAAACACUUUCCAGAUUUUUCAGUGGAUUUUAAGGAAAAAUCAGGAGAAGUCACAAACCCUACAGUUCCUGGUAUGUAUUCCUUGGAGUUAGAGGAAAACACAUCUAUGGAAUGUGGCCUAGCAUUUUCUCCCAAAGAAGUGGCCACAUUUGACUUUAGCAUUCAAAUUCAAAUUAAUUCCUUUAAGGCUUCAGAACUCUACACUGAAUAUGUGUCAAAGAAAAAAUCUGAUUUUCCAAAGACCACACCACUUAUUGAACCAUGUUAUGUUCAAGCAACUGUGUUGCAAGCACCAUUGAAUUUAUCCAGUACUGAGUUUGUAUUUACUAUUCCUUUACAUGAGAUGGAGGCUAAUAAAAAGGUCAACAAAACCCAGGAUCUUCUGUUACAUAAUAUUUCAAAACAAGUUGUACAAUGGACUUUGGAUCUUAGUGAUAAUGACAAACCUUUCAAAAAUGGCACAUUUGAGUUUAGUAUACUGACUGGUCAUCUGCAACCAGAUGAAAAGUGUAGUGUUUCCAUAAAUUUCUGUCCAAGUGAGUGUAUAAAAUAUACAGCUAAUAUUCCUAUGCAUUUAAAUGACAAUCCAGUUUGCUAUAGAAUGUUGUGUCUGACUGGAGAGAUGAAAUCACCAAAGAUAUUGUUUGAUCCACCAUUUAUAUUUUUUACUCCUGUUCCUUUGGAUAUAACAACUGGGAUGGAUGUCAACAUUUUACCCCAAAACUAUUGCAGAAAUUCAACUCUAAAUUUCCAGAUUCCCACAGAAAGGCUUCAUGACAAUGAUGAGAUUCACCCUCUUUCUGUGACGUUUCCAAAAGGCAAUAUCAUAACAGGAUCCAACAAUGGAAUUAAUAAUGAGCUGUCCUGCCACCUUAGUUUCAAAUCCUCUAAACCUGUGUCAUUUUUCACUAACCUUCUUUUCUAUGAUGAUGGAGAUAACUGGUUUUCACUUCCAGUUACAGCAACAGCAGAAAACUGUAUUCUUACUAUAUAUCCAUAUUUGGCAAUUCAUCUUGAUAAGCAAAAAAUUAUUUUAAAGGAUGAUAAAGAUGCAAGUCCUAUGAAGUCUAGAGGCAGUUUUAUGUUUCCCUGCCAGGAUGUCGGAUUAUCCUCUUCUACUUCAAUAAAUAUGACAUCUGCUGCUACUAAAUUUAAUGAUGCUGAACUUACAAGGGGAAACUUAUUUGUUGGAAUGGAAAUAUUACAUGAAGAUUUGAACUUGGAUGAAAGUGAAACACCAAAAAGGGCAGAUGAUGGAAAGGAGGAGAAAAAUGAGCAAUUCUUUUCUCUGGAAGAAGGAUCAAAGGCAUAUAACUUCUUUCAGAGCGUUGUAAAUGCAGUUCAAACAUGGUUCAGUCUCUUUGGCUGGCCUGAAGGACCCCAUUUCCUUUCCAUUCCAGAAACUAUAAGAAGGGAUGUACAAAAAAUACAAUUCUACUCAUCAACCUCAUCAUCCAAGAAAUUUGCCAGACACAAUGAUUUUACCAAAUAUAAUAAGACUAUUUAUGAUGUGCUGCUCCACUUGAGUGGAAGAAUGCCACCUGGAAUUAAUUUAAGUCAAUCUUUACCCGUGGAUAACACUGAAAGGGUGAUUCAACUUCAUUCACAACAUUCCUCACUUCUGGAAUUUCUCAAUGCUCAAGGGGGAUGUAUUUCUCAUGUACUGCCAGAAUUUCUGCUUGAACCCCAAGAUUAUAAGAAGUGGCUUGAAAUUUCAUCUUCCAGUAAUACUAUGCCUCUGAGUUCCUGUACAUCUAAGGAAAAGAGUUCUGUUAUUAUAGAUAUGGAUAAGUUUGAAGACUGGAGUAAACAUGCAUGGACAGAUGUAUUUCUUCAAAUAUACAAGGUUCUGGUUCUAUCCCGAGUUGCACCAUAUUCCUGCAGUACUGCACCCCCCACAAGUGUGCGAAACAUGUCAAAAAUAAAUCCUCCUUUCAUAUCUAGUAACAUAUAUUCUAAUUCUGAGAGGAUUCUGCUGAGUUGGCUAAAUACAAAUUAUGAGAAUACUCGACAUAUUAUUUGGGGAAACUGUAAGAAAGAUGCUGUUCCCUCUGAGAGAUGGAUAAUAAAUUUUGACAAAGACCUUUUAGAUGGCCUUGUUUUGGCAACACAGUUGGCAGCCUAUUGCCCAUUUUUGAUCAAGUCUCAUUUUGUAAAUAUGUACACACGACCAAAAUGUCCUGAACAGUAUCUUCACAAUUGUCUGAUUAUUAUUAAUGGUCUUUAUGAAAUUGGCUUUGACUUGAACAUACAGGCCACUGACAUCUGUGAUCCAAAUCCAAUCCUGAUGCUCAUGCUUUGUGUCUAUAUGUAUGAAAGACUCCCUACAUACCUUCCCAAGAAGGUGGUGCCAUUUCAUUGUACUCUCUAUGACACUGUGAUGAGACAGAUUGUACUGAAAAAUUCAAGCAUGAAAACAUUAGUGUAUAAUGCUACAAUUGUUGGAAGAGAUGCUGCUGACUUCUCUCUUGCCCAAGCAGGGAAUAUUGUGACAAUUUCUCCAAAAAACCAAGUUAAUAUCACUCUGAAAUUUACCAGUCGUUUCCUCCAUCCUGCUGAAGCUUCACUGCUCUUAAUUUCUAAACCCAUGUGUGGAAUAGGAGGUAUUACAAUGACUUUUGCUCUAAAAGGUGAAGUCCUUGAUUUUAAAGCACUUGAAAUUGUGAAAUGCAAAACUCCAUGUUAUCAAUGGAAGGAAGUUACUAUAAAUGUGAAAAACCCCUUCCCAACUGCUGGAGACUUUAGCGUCAUUUUGGUGGAAUCCACAACAUUUGUCUAUUUGCCAUCACAAUUAACUGAUUCUGGACAACACAUGAAUUAUGACAAUGGAUGUGAUGGCGCUGAGGGCUCUUCCUAUACCAAAAGUGUCUUAAAAACCUCAAUUAAAUCCAAUUUCAUCAGAGAGUUUUUCUGCUCUGUACACAAUCUUACCCUGGAAGGAAGAGGAUCUUCAAGCCUGGAGCUCUACUAUCUUCCAUUUGACGUCCACAUACGCUACUGUGCCAUCCUCUUGCAAAAUAAAGAGAUUGGAGAAUUAAUAUACAUUGUGGAAGGAAAAGGAUUGAUCCCCUUGCCUUCCAAUUUCCUUCCAAUGAAGCUUCCAACUACCAUUGACUAUAACAAUUAUCCAGAAGAAGAGUAUAAUAGGGAAGAUCCAGUUCUGUAUUUGAAAUGUGAACUUCGUCAAAUCCUAGAUGUGGACCUUAAAUUGCCACUGACUAAUGAAGCCAAGGAAAAGGCUUUGGCUUUUGCAGCACAACAACAGAUGUCAACUAUUGAGCAUGAGCGAAGGUUGAUCACAGGCACUCUGGAGAGCAGUAGCGUCCGUGUGGCCGUCGCCCUUCUGGGGUUGACCAAGAUUGAGUCUCUUAUGCUCUUUAACAUGUCAAAGUUGAAGAAGCCUAAGUCCAUUUUAUAUAAAACAGAACUGAGUCUUCCAGAACAUUUCGAUAUCCCCAGGAAAAUCUUCAUUCCUCAGAUUCCAGAAACUCAAGCUAAGUUGACUCAGCCUCAAGGAAUUAAACCUCCAGGUACAACAGGAGAACUGAGAUCCCAGAUGCAAACACCAAGUAGCCAACCAGCUGCCGACGGAUCUGUUUCAGUUCCUUUACGAUUUGCUCCUCUCAGUCCUGGCCGCUACCCUUGUAAAAUUUUGUUGACAUCAAGAUAUGAUGUGCGUGUCUAUUGCGUUGAAGGUGUGGUAAAUGAAGAACAUUCAGAAGCCAAAUUUGAGUUCCAGACACCAGCGUUUGAACCCCUUAUUCAGAAUAUUCCGAUAAAUAAUAAGACAAAGAACGAAUGGAAGUGUCAAGUUAACAUAGAAGGAGAAUGGUUUUAUGGACCUCCUAUUUUAUAUGUUGGACCAGGUGAAACUGUGCAAUAUCCUCUCACAUUCAAACCUAUUUUGGAAUGCGAGAUUAUGGGUAAACUUAUUCUACAAAAUGAAGUAGAUGGUAUGGAGCACAUCUUUGACAUAAAAGGGAUUGGAAAAAAACCACUGGCCUUAGAACACAUCAGUGUUGAAUGUGAAGUGGGGAAUGUGACAAAUAAAUCCAUAAUGGUGCCUAACUAUACAAAGACUAUCAUAACAUUUAAGGUAACAUCAGAUCUUCCAAUAGUGUGGGGAAAUCCAUAUAUCACUGUAGACCCUGAUAAUUCAGUUCCAUACAUCCUACAUGUGUGCCCAUGGAAACGUGGUGUGUUCAAAGGUAUAAUUUCAUUUUCUGUUGAAAACAGAGAUAAUGUUGAGUCUCAGGAAGGGGCAGAUACAGAUCAAGAACUCUCCAUUCAGAAAUCACCAUCAGAACUAUCUCCCAUUUUUCUUGAGGAAGACUCAGGUGAUAAUUUUAGCAGUUUAAGAAUCUGGUAUCACCUUGAGAUCCAUAGCUUUCCUGGACCACCUCUAAGCACCAUUGAAAUGCAGUGUAUUGCUCUGGAGACCGUUUGCAUUGAAAUACCCAUUUCUAAUCCAAAAGAAAAAAUUAUCCACAUAGGUGUGAGAUUAACAAAUGAUGCCCUUAGUGGAAUCCAGGAACUCACACUGAAUCCAUUAGAGUGUGUUAACUAUAUUGUCUGGUAUUCUCCAGCAGCAACAGGCUAUAAAGAAGAAAGCAUUAUUUUCCAGCCUGAAAUGGGGGAAGAGUUCUGGUAUUUACUGAAAUUAACUACUGAUCUUCCAAAAACAAACACAAUACCAGAAAUGCAAUGUGACCUUGGAAAGUACGUCAUACAGACUAUUCCCUUAUAUAAUCCUACACACGAAACGUUAGAACUGCAAGUAACAAACAGCAAUCCUGGAAAUUUUGUCCCAGAAAUUGACAAAGGAUCACCACUGAUUAUACUUCCUCACUCCACCACAGAGAUAUCUGUUUACUUUUAUCCUUCUGCACUUGGAAGAGCUGGUCAUGAAACUUGUAUCAACUUCUCCUGUGCUCAGUUUAAAGAAUGGAAAUUCUGCCUCUGUGGAGUGGGGCUAUUCCCCCAGCCUUUAGACACAGAAAAAAUAACCACCUAUCUUGGUCUUCAAUCAUCUUUCAUUAUACCUUUCAAAAAUCCCACUGAGGAAGAUGUUGUUAUCAACAUCAUGCUAACAAAUAAUGAACAGCUCAGGCAUCUUCUCAUUGGCCAGUGUUGGGAUGACUUCAUCAAUGAGAAUUCUGCUUUCCAGUUUAAUUCUCUGAAUCGUAUACAAGAAAUUUUGUUACCACCUAAAGGAAAUAUAGAUAUCCCAGUGUUAUUUAUGCCCAAAAUUAUGAAAUUAUGCAAAACAAUGGUCAUUGUUCAAAUGAUGAGAGCAAAUGGAGAGAACUGGCCUAUUGACAAUUUUGAUGAAUUGGAUACAGAGAUUAAAAGAACUAUGGGAAUAGACAAUCAAGAAAUCCGAACAAUACAGUGGAUAUACCCCUUUAUUGGACUCCCACAGGCACCACUCCCUAAAAGUCCUCCAGUUGUCAUAAAAUGUCAAUCCAGGAAGCGGGUAGAAGAGAAGGUGGAAGUCACACUUAUUGGUGAUUUUUUUGGACCAAAUCCUACCCCAGAAUUGACAGAAUUUUUAGUGCUUCCAAAAAGAAAUUCAUAUAAUAAUGCUUCUGAAGAUUUCAAUGCAAUUUCUAAAAUACGUGAAUUUGAAUAUGAAAUAGAAUUUGAAGCUGAAGUUAUGAAGUCUAACUUGGAAUCCUGUUUGGCUUUAUAUUUGAUCAACAAAAGCUGUAAUACCAAACAUGAAAUGAUAUCAUUGGUCUUCAAUCUGACAUUUACACCAAAGAAACCAUUGAGGUCUCAUAUUACACUAAAAAUCGAGUGCAUAACAGAUGGAAUCUGGAAGUUUCCCAUGCUGUUGAUUGCUACUGAGCCUGAUGCAGAUGAUAUCAUUGACAUUGAAGGAAUUGGUUUACUUAAGGAAUCUACUACUGACUUUAGACUGACAAGUCAGACAAGAUAUUCUGAGCCCUUCACCGCAUACUUCCUACCUGGCAGUGAUCCGGAGUUUUUUGUAAAGCCUCAAACUGGAGAACUUCCUCCUUAUAACACUAAAGGAAUCCUCAUCAUUGUAGGAUUUAAACCCCGAAUGUACAGUAAGAAAUACAAAGCAACAUUAGUAAUAGAGACAGAAGACAUGUACAGGUUGUAUGAAAUCAAUGGGUUACCCCCAGCAAGUAUAUCACUGAUAAAUGUAAAAGCCAAAAUUGAUAAUAUUAACAAGAGAUAUGACAACAUGCCAAUUCGUCAGCGCAAUUUUAUCCGUGAAAAUACUAAACUCAUAAGAACAGGAGUAUCUUCUACAAUCAAGGGUGCUCCUUUGGUGAUGAAGAAUAAAUAAAAUGUUUUUCCAAAACAUUUCUUGUUCUCAAAUAGAAUGGAAUAUUUUCAUGAUAUUUCAUCUUCUGGAAUAUUUCUAAAGAAAAAUGGUUUAAUUAUAGUAGGCCUUCUCUGUUUUCUUGUCUUUUAAAAUACUGACUUAAUCUGUUCUCUGAAUAUGUCAUACUUCAUUGCUCAGUUGUCAAUAAUUUUUUUAAAAUGGACUUUGAUUGCAAAUAUUGGAGUUGGUUUACUUUUUAAGUGCAGGAGUACAUUUAUAGUAAAACUGGAACAUGAUUUUAGUGACUACAAUAUUUCAAAUACCAGUGUUGCUAUUAAAGCUCAGUUGCUUAUGUAGAUGUUGCUUAUGAGUCUUUAUUUUUUAAAUUGACAGCUAAAAGAUGUGUAUGUUUAUUAUAUGCAACUGUGUUUUGAAAUAUGUAUACAUUGCAGAAUGUCUAACUUGAGCUAAUUAUGUAUUCUCUCACAUAUUUGUCAUUCUUUUGUGGUAGGUACAUUUGAAUUAUCAUUCUUAGUGAUUUUCCAGUAUACAAUAUAUUGUUAUUAACUCUAGUCACCAUGUUUCACAGAUCUCUUGAAUUUAUUCCUUCUAUCUUUAUAUCCUUUUACCAAAUUCUCCCUAGUGAUCCCUACCCACCCUCACCCCUGAUAAUCAAUAUUCUCUCUGCUUCUAUGAGUUCACUUUUAUAAUACUCCAAAUACAAGUGAGAAUAUGUGGUAUUUGUCUUUCUGUGCUUGACUUAUUUCAUUUAGCAUAAUUUCCUCCAAGUUCAUCCAUGUUGGCAUAAAUAACAGGAAUUCUUCUUUUUUAAAGCUGAAUAAUAUUCCAUUGUGCAUAUAUUUUAAAUACCAGUGUUGAUAUUAAGCUCAAUUUUUCAUGUAUAUGAAAAGUCUUUAAAAUAUUAGUGAUAAAAUUAGCAUUUAAGACAGAAGGAGUCAUCAUUUCUUAUAUCUGGUAUUUGGAAUAUUAUGUCCUAUUUAACAAGUAAUUAAUUUAAAAAUACAUAUACAUAGACCAUAUGUUCCUAUGUUGCAGUUUUUUUAAAUAGUAUGGGCAUAUCUCAAAAUGGUUCAGGAGAAAGUAUAUUUUGAUGUGCACCUGAUCCUUGAGAAUGAGUCAUUAAUCAAAGUGAAAAAGAAUAUGUUGUUUUGGACCUAUCAAUGAGGGGAAAUAUAAUAGCAAAUAGCCAAAAUGAAGCAAUUUUAAGACAUUUAUCACACAUUCACAUGAUUUUAUGUAAGAGUUUGCCUGCUUUUCCUUUUUGUACACAAUUUCACUGGUAUUUCACUAGGAUGGGGGUUUGUGAUCUAUGGCCUGUGGGAAAAAUCUAACCGGCACCUAUUUUCAUACAGCCACUACCUAUAAGUAAUUUUUACAUUUUUAAAUGGUGGGAAAAUUCAAUAGAAGAAUUGUGUGAUGGAAGAAAGUUACAGAAAAUUCACAUUUCAUUUUCUAUAAAUAAAGUUUUAUUGAA